AGAAACAUUUUCAAGGAGGUAAUCUUAGGAUUAUAUUUAUUUUCAGUCCCAAAUUUGCCGGAUAAUUGGCUCGGGACUGCAUUUAUUCCACAGGUUUUAGCUGUAUAAUAAACACAAGAGAAAUUAUUCUGUAAAAGGAGGGGGGGGGGAACCAGCUGAAGACUUAGCAGUCGAAUGAGAUAUUGAUCAAAUGUGAACCGGAACCGGUGUCGCAGUUUAUUAUUUCCCCUGUGUAAGAGAAAGCUCAGUAUUGGAACGGACCUCCACGUUUCUUGCAUCAUGGCAAACGAAUUCCAAUCAAAUAUGAAUGAGUUGAACUUAAAAGAUAAAGACGAAGAAGAAGAAGAUGACAAUGAUGUGGUUAAUCCAUGGAAUGUUGUAAGCAAGUCAGCUAAAGGCGUAGAUUACGAUAAACUCAUCACGAGAUUUGGCUGCAGUCCUCUUGAUCAAAACCUACUUGAUCGCAUGGAAAAGAUUAUUGGUCAGCCUCUACAUCAUUUCUUGAGAAGAGGCAUCUUUUUUGCUCACAGGAAACUUAUUUCUUUCCUCUCUCUCUUCCAGGACCUAUUUUGCAAAUACAUCUUUACUUCCAUUGCAAAACUGUACAUAAAGCAAUUGCUGUUAAGCUUAUUAAGUAAAUCAGAGAACUGUUAAUGGUUGCAGGAAGUGUUUGAUGUUCCUCUCGUCAUCCAGAUGACGGAUGAUGAAAAGUUUCUGUGGAAGGAUUUCUCUGUCGAGGAAGCGAGUCGACUGGCGCACGAAAACAUUAAGGACAUCAUUGCCAUAGGUUUCGACCCUGAGAAAACAUUUAUAUUCUCUGAUUUUCAGCACAUGGGACAGAGUGAGAUCUUCUAUCGGACAGUCGUCAACAUUCAGAAAUUAGUUACUUUUAAUCAGGUGAAAGGAAUCUUUGGCUUCAAUGACAGUGAUAGCAUCGGUAAAAUUGCUUUCCCUGCGGUUCAGGCAGCACCAUCUUUUAGCUGUGCCUUUCCAAAAAUCUUUAACAAGAAGAGUAUUCCCUGCCUUAUUCCUUGUGCUAUUGACCAGGACCCUUAUUUUAGAAUGACACGGGAUGUAGCCCCUCGUAUGAGUGUUCUGAAGCCAUCGACCAUGUAUUCAACAUUUUUUCCGGCUCUGCAAGGCUCUCAGAGCAAGAUGAGCGCAAGUGAUGCCACCUCAUCGAUUUUCUUGACGGACACCAAUGCGCAGAUCAAGAACAAGAUCAAUAAAUAUGCAUUCUCAGGAGGUGGCGCCACUGUUGAAGAACACAAAGCAAAUGGUGGCAACUGCGAUGUUGACGUUUCUUACCAAUAUCUACGAUUUUUUCUGGAAGAUGACGACAGGUUGGAGCAAAUCCGUAAGGACUACACCAGCGGAGAAUUACUUACUGGUUAUCUUAAAAAGGAACUAAUUGGCAUUCUGCAGAAGAUAGUGUCUGAGCACCGUGAGCGAAGGGCUAAAGUGACGGAUGAGGUCAUAAAGCAAUUUACUACUCCACGUAAACUAAAAUAUGAUUAUUAAAAUAAAGAAAUUGCAAGUUCA